GGUGAAUAACAUUACAACCUAUUCCCCAAAGAACCCUUCAUCUCUGGCUGGGAAACGACCUAAUACUUCACUAAAGCCAACGACAAAUUGGUGGUUGUGGUUUAACGCUUUUAAUUGUACAUUACUAUUGGGUUAAAAUUGGCAUAAAUUUCUAGCAUCCUGUUUCUUUGUGUUUAGGUACUGACUGCGACAAUUUACAGAUUCUAUGCUGCUUUCCCAAGUGAAGAAGACCGAAUCCUCAUAGCUCAUUUUUAUUUUUUUGCGGUUUUGUUUUUAGAUCCCCUCUCUUACUCUUUUUGUGUCAUUGCUUUUUGUUUUUUUGACGCUGUUCGUUACUACAGUCAUUUUUGAAGCAUUCAUCUUUUUUCCUACGUAUUCAAUGAUGAUGGCACAAGCAACACUUACGAAGUCUGAAUGGGAGUGUGAAUUUAGUAAGGUGAUAGCAUUCAGGGACCGUGUUCUUGUUAAAGAUGCUUCGGAUCAUAUACAAAAUCAAGUGCCAAAACAGCGAGUGUAUACUAUUUUGGACAGUCAACUGGAAGAGCUUCGUAAAAAAACACGGGAUUCUAUUCGGAAGAAAAAAUUGGCGACAAAACUCAAGUCCAAACUUGAACUUAUUAAAAAGCAAAAGGUGCGCGUUGCUCGAGCUCACGGGGAAAUAGAAGACGUGGAAGAUGCAGCUUUGGGUAAUACUGGAGAUACUUUUAACGGAGUUACGGCUUCUAAUCCAUCUGUGGGAAAAGACAGAAAUGUUACGGCAGCCACAAACUUAACCGCCUUGCAAAGUCCAUCAUCACGGAAGAGUAGGGAAACCGAGCUAAAAUUCCGGUCUCCUAACAAGCCUUCACUAUCUCCGGUUUCAAUUCCAACAAGUAAAUCGCCAAUUUCUGAGACCACUAUGAUUUCUCCGCCGUCUUCAGCUAAGUCUGCAUUUCCUGUUUCUGCUCCUUCUCCUCCUCUUCCCUCCAAUGACCUGCCGCCUCUUCCGCAUAUGCGCCGCACUUCUGAGCAAUUGAAGUAUUCUGUGAGUGACGCCCCCUACAUAACAGAAAAAGUCCAUCAACAACCACUUUCUCCGCCCGUUUCCGCGAAGCCAGAUUCACCAGCGCCUAUAAAACAUGAACCGUCCUCUCCCUAUGUUGCACAAACGAUGGCAGAAACAUACCACCACUGGGAACGUAUGGCUCAGUUGUCUUCAUCGAAACCUCAAACUCAGCCUAUGGGAACUGAUGCUUCUUCGUAUGCUUCCACUUCGUUGUAUGAACCAUCACAAAUUGAUGUUCAACAGGCAACUGAAUAUGGGUCUCAUCCCGUUGCUUAUUCUCCCUCGCGUAGCGAUUACGGUGUUGUCGCGGAAGUUCGUGAGCGACCUGUAACCUCUCCAAAAUGUUUACCUUUUCGACCGUUUAAUGAGGUCCAUCAAGCUGAAUGGUCUUAUCCGAAUUAUACUCCGCAACGUACCACUUCACCUUUCAGUCCUUAUUAUCAUCGGCGUGUCCAUUUAAAUCAUCAACGGGCUAUGAGUCGAUAUGCGCCUUAUGUCCGUCCACCUCCAUCUUAUGAAACUUCUUAUUACGCCGUCCCAUCAGCGCCUGUUCCGAUGUACACCGCAAAAGUUUGGGAGCCACAAACUGCUUGUUCACACAUGCCUCCCUUACAACCACCUCCUUCUCAACUUUCUCCUCCGUACUCUGCACCGUCUUAUCGGCGGCCUUCUAGUUAUGCUGGCGAUCCAUAUUCGUAUGGAGAUGCGUAUGGUUACUAAAUCUCCUGGUGUAGAUGAGAUUACGAUGCUUCAAAACAUGCUGCGUGGAAUGAAUCUUGAAUUGAAAUUUUGGGCUCAUUCCGUAUCUUGUUAUUUCCACUCUCGCCUAUCCUACCUUCUUGCUGUACAUAAUAUCUGUUUUCUUCUUUAGUUUAGGUAUUUCUGUGUUUUUGGAGCUUUAUGAUACUUGUUUAUGUUUUCUAUUCAGUAAUCUAGAGUAAUUAGUAAGAACGUCUUUUACACCAUACCGCGUGCUUACCUCAUGAG